GGAAGGCUCUCAGACAAUAACAUUUUUUUAUAGGUUUUAUUUUGUAAACAGUGGUCUAUGGUGGUUCCGUUAGUGUUUGCAGCGAAUGUAGAUGAGUUUGUGGGCGAUUGUGGAAAUAUUGUUUACUUAAAUAAAAUUCACGAUGGAUCAAAUGCUUCCGAGUCCUGGUUUCAGCAUCCCGAGCUUAGGAACUCCUCACUAUCAACCUGAAGAAGAUCAGCAGAUUCUCCCUCAUGCCCAGCAACAGCAGCAACAGCAACAGCAGACGCAGCAACAGCAACCGCACCACCAACAGCCGCAGCCGCCUCCGCCGCCUUUGCACCAGUUGCUGGCCUCGCCGCAGAAAACGAUGCACACGUAUUCCCCAGGCUUCACCACUCCCCACAGUUUGAUGCAGCCUCAGACACCUCAAAACAUGAUGUCGCCCAUGGCUGCCCCCUCCAGCCAGCUGAUGCAGUCGGCGAGCCUCGGUCCGGCCACGCCCGCGCCCAUGACGCCCUCGUCCACCGACCCCGGCAUCGUCCCCACGCUGCAGAACAUAGUGUCCACAGUGAACCUGGGAUGCAAGCUUGAUCUGAAGAAGAUAGCCCUCCACGCUCGUAACGCCGAGUAUAACCCGAAGCGAUUCGCUGCCGUGAUCAUGCGGAUCCGAGAGCCGAGAACCACCGCGCUUAUCUUCAGCUCUGGCAAAAUGGUGUGCACGGGGGCGAAGAGCGAAGAAGACUCGAGACUUGCGGCGCGCAAGUAUGCGAGGAUCAUACAGAAACUGGGAUUCACCGCAAAGUUUUUGGAAUUUAAAAUCCAAAACAUGGUUGGCAGUUGUGAUGUGAAGUUUCCUAUUCGACUAGAAGGAUUAGUCCUGACUCACGGACAGUUCAGCAGCUAUGAACCUGAGCUGUUUCCGGGAUUGAUCUACAGGAUGGUGAAACCUCGAAUCGUGUUGCUGAUUUUUGUGUCUGGGAAAGUGGUCCUAACAGGCGCAAAAGUACGGCAAGAAAUAUACGAAGCAUUUGAAAAUAUCUAUCCUAUUCUGAAAAGUUUCAAGAAACAAUAGCAGUGGAAAACAUUUGUGUUUUUUUUUAAGGCUGUGUGUAAAAGGACAUGUUUCGUGUAAUCUUUGGAUUGACAUUAAUGAAACAAAGUACAAAAUUGUUCAUAUAUAUACAUGUGUAUAUGCAUGUGUGGAGAAAAUGACAUUUUAAAUAUUUUCAGCAACAAAAGACUGAGGAGAUGCAAAUUAUGUUAACUAGAUGAGGGUGUAUAAACUAAUUAAGGUUGUAACAAAAUAUGUACUAAUUAACUCUACUGUAUAGUAUGUUGUUUUACUUUGAUAUGCUGAACAUUAGCAUUUUACCAAUAUAAUUACUGUUACUUUAAAAUCACCCACUUAACUUGAAGCAAUUAUUUAUGUUCAUCUGCAAAUGCAGAAUUAGUUUUCAUACUGUAAAUAUAAAAGUCUUGGGCUAAAUUUUUAAAAUAUGCAAGGAUCACAACAGCGCAACACGCAACCAAAGCAAGAAAUUCACAUUCGUUUAUAAAACCAUGGAAGUCGUGAGACAUCACCAACCCUAUAACUUAAAAUUGUAAAACAAUAGAAAAUAUAUUUCUACUCCGGUAUUCUUUCAAUACUUCAUAUUUAUCAUGAAAACAAAAUAAAUUGUGUAUCAUUUAAUUUAAGAGAGUUAUUUUCUUUCACUAUGUGAAAGUGUAACAAGUGUAAAUUUUAUGUAUAUAGUAAAAAACAUUGUGAUAUUCUGUGCUCAUUAUGUCUGUGUCUUUAUGGAACACUUCUCUUCAAAUAUGGCCAUAAAAAAUGCAAGCCAAAACAUAAUAAAGUUCAAGUUGAACAACACUUGCAUUGCGUUAUUGUCUCUUGCUCUUGCAUAUUUUAUAAACUUAAAAGGCCACAAUACUUAGAUUUCUAUAUAUAUUUUUAAAUUGGAAAUGUAAGGGUUAAAACUAAUGCAACAUUCCGGUGUGAAUGGGUGUGUAAGUCAAAUUGGAAUACAUUCACUGUUAAGAUAGAUAAACAGCCAGGCAAAACUUGUGAUGUCUCUUGUCACCGUGUGCCACGGGUAAACAAAACAUAUGAUGAUGCCUAACACUCUUGUACAUUUAUUCUUCCUUUAAUCUGCUACAUAACUCUUAGUCAGCAUGUAACAUUCCAAUGUAGUGUCAUCUUAUGUAGGGAGGGACAAGUCCGCAAAUAUUUUAGUAGUGUCGAUUCGAGCUAAAUUCAGUAAUAACACAUUAAAACUUGAGCCGAGUUCUUAAAGAGUUUAGCUGAGCUCAAGUAGUUGGCUAGUUCUUUCUUUGUGAUGUAGUAAGAUAAUUAUUAGAUUGGUUUAUGCUGAAAGACUAAAGGUGAAAAACAAUACUAUGCAGAAACUUACCAAUACGGAUCAUAUUUUUAAUUUAUCAUGCAAAAUUGUUUAAAAAUAUUGUACUGUUUUUUCACAUGGUUAGGUUAGCUUCAUUUAAAAAACUUCAAAAUGGUGUGGACGGUUAGUUAGGUUAGUUUGGCUACAGUAAAAUUACUGUAAAAUCAUUUGAAUAGGUAGCAAACUUAAGCUAACCUAUCAUCCUACUUUUUUUAUAGUAUAUCUAAUGCAGUUAACAUAUAUUGACCAACAGUCCAUACUAUUUUAAAGAUUUUUUAAUUUAAGUAGUAUAACCUUAUCACUUGUUAAAACUGUAAAAGUUCUGUAUCACAAAUCCAAGUUUAUCCCUUGAUCCUGUGCUACAUAAUGCCUGCUGUUUUAAUUAUGUCAAAAUAUCUUUGAAAUUAUAAAAACAAUUGUGAUUUAUAACAAUGAAUUAUGAUUGUAAAUUUAAAUAUAUACAAGUAGGUUAAUUUCAUUUUCCGAUACCAGAUUUCUAUUGGUUGGAAAUAAAGUAGGGGAAAUGUGACAUCAUGGAAGUUACAAUGCCAGUGAUAAAAAAUUGACUUGUGUAAUGAAAGAAAAUAUAGUAUAUAAAAUUGGCAACAACAAAAGACAAAACAGCACUGUAAAAAAAAUUAUUGCUGAGUUUUGUAAUGAUCAUGGUACCAGAAGGAGUGCUUUUAUAAGGAAAUAAAUAUUUUUAUUUUAUAAAGUGAAUAAAUAUGUACACAACAAGUCGUAAAUAGAUAUUAAGAAAUGUAUUGUAUAUGUGUGGAAAUAAGUGAAGUAGUCACUUGAGAAAAGCAAGGUUAUGUUUAUUUAUAUAUAAUUAAUAUAACAGUGCAUCGUAGAGAAAGAAUGUGUAGUUGUGUGAUUUUAGUAUUGAACAGAAAAAGACGGUUCAUGUUUCGCAAUAUAGAUUGAAUUAAAUGAAAUGGCAAUUGUUUUUGGCGUAAAUUUAAUAUCUGCAAGAGAAAUAUGGAAAGUAAAAGAUUAUUGCCGUAAAGUCAAAAAAAGGGGAAUUUUUAUGGCUUUUAAAAGUUUGUGAUUUGUAGUUUUGUGUGCAUUUCGUUGUGUGUUAGGUUAGUUUUUCGAAUAAUUAAAGAGAGAAAAAAACACGAAAGUUUUGAAGUUAGGUCAGCUAAUUUAUAUAUAUCUGCGCACGUAUUUUUCUUUAGGUAUUUCUUUCUUCCUUCCUCUUCCUUGCAAUAUUGAUGUCAUCAACAAAGCUGCGCUGAAGCAAUUACAACCUGUAUGUUCAUACGGGGUAAGCAGUAUUUCAUUUAAGUAAAUUAUAGGUUUAGGUUUUCGUAAAGUACUUCUACGAGAUCUAGGUUGUUUAACUAUACAGUUUUUUAUUUGGUUAAAGUGAGACAUUUUGCCAUCAUAUUUUUGUGGUAUCGUGAAGUAGAUUACAGCCCAGCCCAGUUGAAAGAAUGAAAUGUAGAGAAAAUAUUUUCUUUGUCUAGUGAAGCAGACUACAGUCCCACGUGGUCUAGUCUAUUUUGUAAUACCAGAAUUCAUUAUUUUAAAGAGAGAUGGUUUGAAAUAUCAUUUCAGUAUCAUGUUUCUAGAAAAUCUAUUCUUGGUAUCGUAAAGUUAAAUCCCACCCGGUCUAGUCUAUUUUUCAACACCAGCAUUUUAUUUCUCAUAUUUUAACCACUCUACCCACAACUUUUAUUUUUCAAUAUCAUAAAGUAUGCUAAUAAAUAAGGCAUGCUGUUAUAUUUCACGGUAUUACCAUAAGUUGGAACAUCUACAGACAUUAAUUUUUCUGAAAAUGAAAUAAUGGUAUAACAUAAUAAACUAGAACGGGGGCAAUUAUAGUAUACUUUACAAUACCUGAAAAGUAUAAUAAUAUAAAAAUGAAAUGCAUGAAAAAUAGUGUGUUUAUAGUUCCCUGCCCCAACUCCUCAUAUUCCCACGCAUAGAGUAAAUAAAGUACUAGUACAGAGUGGACACUCAAUGCUAUUGCAGUUCUACGUUUUUUUUAUUCAGAAAUGCUCUAGUUGCUAUACAAAAACGCAAACUUGACAAACAUUAAAAUGAAGUUGCAAUGGCUUAAAACCGAGAUAAAAUACCUUCUGGAGUAAGACUUACGUUUCAAAUUAUAAGUAAAUUUUAAUUUAAAUACAACAUUGUUCGUAGAAAGUACAAUUUGCAGUUAAUAUGCUUAAAACACAAAUUUGAAUAGUAGGGAAAUUUGUAGCUUCAUCUGAAUGUUGGCGAGCUUGUGACUUUUUUCGUGCAUGCAUUAAUAUUUAUAAAAAUAUGGAUUUUAAUUUUUUUUUCCUUAUAAGCAAAUCAUUUAAUUAAAUAUCGGUAAACGUAACAUAAAAUGAUUUAGGAGAGCAAUAUUUUUAAAACAAUAAGUAAAUUUCUUACCUUCGGGACAGUGUUUGCCUUUACCUCAUUUCGGUUAAAAAUGUUUUGUUUACGUAUCAUAACAUUUGUUAAAAUGCAUAACAUGUAACAUAUUUUUGGAUUAUAUUAAAUUGCUGCAUUUUUUAAUGUCCAAGAAACAAUUUCUGUUCUAGUAGAAUCACGUUGAUUGAAGUUAAGGUUAGGAUUUUCGUAGGUACCUACCGAAUUGCAUUACAAAUCGCAAACAAAACUAAUGCAUAAAAAAACGUGCAGAAGUAUUUAAUCAUUAACACAGGCAAUGUGUAUUUCUGGCAAAUUUAACUGCCUAAGUUGUACAAUUUUCCCACAAAAACUGAAAUGAAGCUGUUACCAAUGGCAUCAAUUCUUUAUGGAUUAGGUGAAAGUACAAAUCAUUCUCGUAUCUUCACUUCUUGAAGACAGGUGUAUAGCAAUUGUUACGAAAAAAAAACCUUAAUUUCAACAUAAAAAUUUAAAAGACACUUCAUUUUAUCGCAACCCUCACCUCGGUAAUUGUUCCGUAUCACGUAUCCAAGUUUAUCCCUUGAUACUGUUGGCAUGAUCAUGUAUGAUUUAUCUGGUGGCACAUGAUGCUUGCUGUUUUAAUUAAUGUUAAAACAGCAAGAAUCAUUACCACAGGAUAAUGCCAUUAGUAUCAAGGGAUAGACUUGGAUACGCAAUACAAAAUUUAUACCCACACCUCCCUCUCGACCAAAAAAUAAAAUUCAUACAAAACAUUUAGACUAAUUAAAGUAUAUAAGUAGCAAGUUUGAGCAGAAUUUGAGACUCAUUGACAUUUAGAACAGUACCUAGGUAUUAAUGUAUUGUGUGCUUGUCCUCAACGUGCGACUACACACAGCCUAAAAAGAGGAAAUUCUGUAGGGCAUGAAAACAAAAUACUCAUCACUAUUUUAAUUACACAAAACUUUUAUUUUGUAUCGUUUUAAUAAUUUACACAUACUUAGUUUCGUCAAGCGGAAACUUAAAGUAAAAUUAAUUAUUAUUAUCUCUUCUCUUGUUGUACCAGUAGUUAACACAACACGUAGCCGAAUCAGGCAUGUUUCAUAACAGUCAACAGUGAUUUAUGAAGUAGUUCAUGAAAUCAUUGAUAUUAUUUAACGAGAUUACUAUUUCAACAUCAUUGAAACAAAAUUUCCUUCGAAAGUUUUUUAUUAAACCUAAUAUUACUUAAUUCAACGCCGACGCCAUUAAUUAUGGUGUUGUUGGUUAAACAAGUGGUUCAACAUGCCAACGAAAAUUUGUUUAUUUUCUUUUAAGUAAAUAUAUUAUUUUCAUUUCAACAAUACCAAUUUAUGCCAUAAAUUUGAUAAAAUGUUAAAACAAAUGUAAUAUUUAUUUAAUCAACGUGG